AGAAUGGAUCGCGAUGCAUUCUUUCGAGGCCAAUUUCAGGCUGUGCAAAAGGCCAUCACAAAAGACGAGACACCUUUAAAACCAAAACACUUGGAAACUAUACUACUAGGAACGCACACUGAAAAGUCAUCUGCAAUAUUUUGGAGCUCAGUGAAGAAGAUUAAGCUGGAAAAUCAUCCUGUGCUCACGUGGAAAUUCUGUCUUCUGGUUCAUAAAUUGCUUCGGGACGGACAUCCGGUGGUCCCCAAAGAGGCUUAUAGAAAUGAAAAGCGAUUCACGCAACUUGCUCUUCAUUGGAAGGAUAAGAGGGACUAUGGGCCAUGCAUUGACGCAUAUUGCAAGUUAUUACACGAUCGAGUCAUUUUCCACCACAAACGUCCAUAUUUUCCUGGAAAUCUGUUUGUGAGCCCUUUACAACUUGAUACAAUGGGAAGAGAUCUGAGCAGAAUGUUGAGAUUAACUGGUGAUAUGAUGCAUCAGAUGGACUCACUUUUGGCAUUCCAGGAGAAAGUAUAUCUAUUGUCCAACUCAUCUCCACGAUGGGAUCCUAAUACUCCACAAGGUCAAUGCCUGAUGCUUCCUCUGAUAAGUGUAAUAAUGGAUACCUGGCCAUUCUUUAUUUAUAUCGUCAGAAUGAUGUACAAUCUGCACAGUAACGUGUCGCCACACGAAUUGGAAGGCUAUCGUUCCCGAUUUCAGACAAUUUUCGAGAAAACUAAACAAUUCUACGAAGAGUGCUCAAAACAUCAGUAUUUUAGAUGUUUUGUUCAAAUUCCAACAUUUCCAUUGCAUGCACCUAACUUUUUUACACAGUCAGAUCUUGAAUCUUAUCAAACAUAUCUAAUUGGAGAAUCCAAGAAACUGACUGAAACAGUAACACCAGCAGAAGAGGCCCGCACCCGAAUUGAACAUUAUGAAAACCGUUUAAAAGAAAUGCACGGGGAAUUCCAGCAUGUGAGACGAGAAGCUGAUGAAAAUCGAGAGGAGGUUCAGAGACUCAGAUACGAGUUGGCACUCCGCGAUGCUUCUAGGACUCAAAAUCAAGCGGCUAUCUAUGACACUCCUCCGGAUGAGUUCAGCAUUAAAUUUUAAAAGGAACUUUUCAUAAUCAUCAUUACUCCACUCAAAGUAGAACAUCUCAGCAUGUUUACAUUCAUUUAAUAUUUCAUUAACAAUAAAUGUAUUUUAAUACUAUUACUGGA